UCACUUACACCGGAUUGUAUCUCGUCGUCUCCAUUCUUCAAGCAUCAUGGAACACUCGACAGUGGGAUUUACUAUAAUAAUGUGUUUUCUAUUUCAAGGUGUGACGUCACAGACGUGCAACACGACCCAUGCGGAGGUGUGUGUGCGGGAGAUGGAGGGGGUGCUGAACCAGGUGAUUGAGACGGCGACUGGCGAGGGGGCUGCUGUCGGCACACUCGAGAAAAUAUGUCUUGACACCAUCAAGGGCAACAACUUGACGCAGUGCUACAUCGACGCCACCGCCGGUUGCAACACACAGGGUGAUGAGGCGCCCACGUGGACCAUGCAGAGAUGGGAGCGAGUGAUGCAGGACAUCUACAAGCUGUGUGAUGGGGCCUGCCCGAGCUUCCUGGAGAGAACCAUCAACAUCACUCAGUGCACCAGCCUCAUCAGGUUCGACUCCCUCUACGAGUCGUCCUUCGGAAACUUCUGCAGGUCCCUCAACGACAGCUUGGAGUGUGCCGCCCAGGUGACUGCUGACUGCCCCAUGUUCGCCCGUCUCUUCUACGACCUUCUGCCCCAGGGAGUGGACCAGACCGCCAACACCAUCUGUACAGCCGGUGAGUGUCCGCUAACAUUCGACAAAAAGGCUAUGGAGGUGUUGGAGACAUGCAAGGCACGCGUGAUGGACCUGCCGGAGGACCUGGACGCCGCGUGCAAGUCGUAUGUACAAUUCAAGUCGUGUCUCCACACUUCGCGGGUGCCGGUGACGUGUCCGAUGUUUGGGGCGCUGCUACAGGUGCUCUACCCUCAACACAUCUUCGGCCUGUAUGAACAGCAGUGCGGCACCGGCAACAACACAUCGGAAGCAGAACCCGAAGGAGACGAAUGUGGUACACGGGGCCAAGCGAGAAUUCAGCACUGCAUCCGGGUACUUGCACUGUCAUGGCCGAUGACAGUCAGCCAACCGGAAAUUACAGAACAGCAGUGCAGGGACUACGAAACCGGACUUCGUUGCCUUGACAACGCCGGAUUCCAUCGGUGCAGCGUCCUGCGGCAGUAUUUCCACAACAUGACGUCCAACCGACGUGAUCACAUGGACGUCCUUCAAGACGAGUGCGCCGACUUCCUCACCCAGCAGCGACAACUGGAUGGGAGCGGUGCCUUCACCACGGCAGCGAACAUCCUGCAGGUAUUGAGUGUCGUGAUAGUGUCCUGGGUGGCAAGUCUGCUCUGAAGGCCUCAAGAAACCCAGUCUACCGGAAGUGGCUCCAGUCUACCGGAAGUCCCUACCUGACCUGCGCUGUACAUAUGUGAAUAGAUGGCUGUACACAUAGCUUCGUUAAAAGUAUUUGUAUAUUUUAUAUAAACUAUUGUAUAUAUUUUUGCAUAAUUUAUUGUAUGCCCUUAGAAGUCACAUUUUUUAUAAAUAAAUGAUACAUUUCUAUCA